UCAAGCUGGUGUCCUCAAGAUAUGUCACCCAAUGGUUCUGCAAAUUGCGCUCCACAGCGCGAAGAUGAGGACGUAUUGGUUCGAUGCAACAGCUGGGCAGGGGAGAGUAGCUUUGCCAACUGCAAGCCAAACCAUUCUCGAGCGCCCAAAGGCGACAAUAGCCCCACACAAAGUGAUGCAAAAUGCUAUGGUGGACGCUUUACGUAUGGUCAAUGGCGGCAAUUUUUUGCUCGACAGCCGGAAAAGGGUCUGAGACUGGAUGCUAGUGGUCAGGUCAUUCAAGAAGGCCAUCUUCGAGACUUCUCAUGGAACACUUUUGUACAGUUUUUCCGAGCAGAGAUCUGGCUCUUAGUAUUACUGCAUUCGGAUGGAGCAUCGAUGGCGUCAAUGGCUUGUCUGUGCCAGGGCUAUCAGAAAAUCAGCCUUCCAUGGCAACACCGCGGAACGCGAAGCGGGGUGUCGAACUGGUUCACCCUGGUGUCAACGGAUUCGAAGGCACUAGAGAAGUCGCCAGAGUCAACGCCGGAGCCGACGGAGAAGCAGGAGAUACAGGAGAUGGGAGUCAUGAUGGGAGUCUCCCAGCUCGCAGCAAGACUGAGAUGCGGCCUGCACCUGGCUGAGGAACUUCUGGAUUCCAACGAAAUAUCUUUGCCAAGGCAAUGUUACUCAUGGCUGGACCUGCUUUGCAAACAGGAGAUGCAAGGCGCUUGGCUUUGCGUCGUGUGCAUUGGCCGUGAUGCAGAAGUCGUCGAGAAUUUUGGGGAGGCGGUAGCAGGAGCAGAGCAGGAGAGCACAAAGGUAGCCACAGUGGCUUUGCUACCGUCCGCACAGCAGCAUGUAACAGCUGGACAGCAUGUGUGCAUUCGUAAGGCCAUGAAAAUCAUCGGCCUGCCACUUCCCCACUUGGGUGGUGCAGACUUUCAGCUCCGCUCACGGUGGCAUACCCCAGCAAACCCACCGUGGUCAUACAAUCAAAAGUCUGGUUGGCGUACCUAUGUCCCAACCUUGGGGCUCCAAAGCCUCGAAAUCAAGCUUGAGCAGCCUGGUGGAUCUUCUGGGUGUGUGGAACUGCAAAACUUUAUUCUUUGCGGGAUCGGCACACAGCAUAGCCGCCCGACAGGUAUCAGUGAUUGCGUUCUGAGAGUUGCAGCGGGUACAUGCUUGCUGGCUGAUUGCCAAGUAAGACUGAAAGAGGGCAAUGCAGGAUUUGGUGUGGUGGUUGGGCCAGACAUUCUAGCACCUUUUGGUGGUUCAAACAAGCCGCGCGCCAUGCUCAAGAGAUCUGAAGUUGUGCAUGCUAGCACGUCGUGCCUUUGCUUUAUGGGUGGUCAGCUGACAAUUGAAGAAGGCUGCUCCCUGCGAGACUGCCACACAGGAAUCAGCAUUUGUGACCAGGGCUCCAUUGCGUUCAUCCUGGCGAACAUUCGCAUGUCGUGCAGGGAUGGUGGUCAGAAAUUUCUACAGGUCUCUGGCGGAAUUAUCACGGAGAUGAUGACGGACCGGACCGGCAGACAGACAUGAGCCAACGAGCCCUCACAUGGCCUCAAAUACAGCCAGGCUGGUACAACAGGCAAUUUGCAAUUCCCUGCGGCUGACGCAUGCAACAAUUUGAGUGCUGAGGCAUGACGACUUUCAUCCUGCUCCUACCAUUUCCAUCCAUUUCUUCUCACUUUGUGUGCAUAGAAGAUCCGGGCCGUCCAGUGAGUACCUUGAUUCCUUCUGGAUGUCCUACACAUCUAUUAUGGUAUUUUGGUCUGACUUGAUGUUUGAGCCAAGCCCAGUAUAGAACUCCCUGGCUUGCUCCAUUUCAACAUCCGCUUUGCCAGGCCCAGAGAUUUUAAUUUGUUUCUUGUUUUGCAAAUGAGAAGGCCUCCAUCUUCACCACACUUGCACAGUGCGUGUUUUAUUGAAACUGGAAAUUGCUACAAAAAGAUCUCAUACAGGCAUAUACAGGCCACAAAAACUGGCCCCUGGCUGCUAAGCCCAGACAUGUUUUGAUGAACAGGCUAUUAGCUGAGUGAGGCUGGUUCAUAGGACCGGCCUUCAAUUCAUGCCGGAGCUUGCUGUUAGAAGUGUACAUUCUCCUGUCCUGGCAUGCGAAUCCAGAAGACUUGCUCGUGUGGCAUUGUUCUUCUCACAAAGACCCGGUGCAAAAAGAU